CUGUAGGUUUUCUGAGAGUAACGAAAGAAAACCAAGGUUUUCUGUGUAUUUGCCGAGAGCGUACUCGGCAGUUCGUUGGUGGUACGGCGGGGCCGUACUGGUGAGAAAGUAGGGCAAGUCGCGGAGAGCGCGACGGAAAGAGCAAUUUCGCGAGUUAAUUUAGUCAGUACUGACAGGUUUCCACUGCGUCGUCUGCCAAUUACACCGCCCCGAGGCAGAUAACGCAGUCGGUAACCAUGUUCCCGUUCCUCGGUUUAGAGGUCGCCCUAGUGGCAAUGUUCGCGGGCAUCGUUAUGAUGCCAGCUAAACGUAGAGUCGGUGACCAAGUGGUAGAGCUACAGAAGGUGCUUGCAGACUUACACGCGCAGUUGACCGCAAUAGAACAAGCCGACGACUAUCAGAAGGCCGCCUCCAUGCUGGCCUCUGACCCUCUAGCACGUUUAAACAAGAAAAAUUUUCUACCGCGAUGGGCCACGCUUGGGAUACCUACGUCGCAUUGAAGAGUCAAAUGGCGAGUGUCAGCGCGCACAUUGCUCAACUGGAGAUGACCAUGGAGCAGCCAGCUAUGAAGGUUCUCGUCUCCGACAAGUCUGGUCGCGUCAUGGAGCGCCCAUUGAAGGACCUGGACUACGUCAACGAUGGCUGGGUCAACAAGUCGGGCAAGGAGCACAAGGCGCUCAAGCGGGAGAACCGGGAGCUGAACCAAAUCUACCAUGCCCUUCAGAAGGGUGGUGACGUCGUUCAAGGCGCCGGGUUGCCUGCCGCGUCUGGCAACAUCAAUGUGAACGCCAACUGGUGGCUGUCGGUCUGCUCCAGCUCGUGGACCAAGCAGUGGGUGCAGCAGGGGUUUCCGUUGUGGUGGAAACAGGCAGGCGUCACACCGCCGCCGAGGGUCAUGCGAAAUCACCAAGGGGCGCUGGAGCAGCGGGCCUUUGUUACCGAAUCCGUCUCAGCACUUCUGGCAGCAGGAGCCGUGCGGCAGGUGGCGGGUGUGGGCAGUGCGGGUUUCCUUCCAGAACCGGUGGAGGUGGCGCGCUCCGCUGGCAACCCCUCGAGAGUAACCGGCACUGACAGGGAACCGACGCCUUUGCCGCGUCCUUUUGGGAGCGAGCGGGGAGGCUGGUCGCACCAAGCCAUCUCGGGCUACUGGCGGAGAGUCAAGCGUUUGCCGCGUCAUCGCGGGCGGCCUCCACGAAGAAGGUGUACACGUAUCCGUGGGAAGGUUUUAAGUCGUGGUGCCGUACCCAAGCUCUACUCACGUCUAUAA